AGAGAAGAGUGUAACCUGCCCAUUUUGGGAGUUCAAACAAUUAUUCCUCGGUAUCCGUCGCUGGCGCAUUGCCCGUGGGAAUUCCAAAGUAGAUCUCGCGGCCGCACCCAUACAAAACGACGUGAGUCUCAGAACGAACGAACCAUCCGAGUGACACCGUCUUGGUCCGGACCUGGCCACCACGUUCCUUAGAAACCGCAUCAUUCCCACCACCCAUUCCCACCACUCCCUCACCAACACCUCAAGGACGAGUUGGAAGACCGCGAGAUCGCCAGGAAUCAUACCCAUAGCCACGCAAAUGAAUACGAACCUCUACCGCUGAGUGAUGGUGGGCCAGCUCGGCGAUCUGUCGCCAAAAGGCAGUAUAGCUAUCGGCAUACUCGUCGGCCUCAUCUCCACCAGCGUCCAAAGCCUCGGCCUAACCCUGCAACGCAAAUCCCACAUCCUCGAAGACGAAAAGCCCCCCCCCCUCCCUCGCCGCCCCCCCCACCACCGCCGCCGCUGGCAGCUCGGCAUGGGCAUGUUCAUCAUCUCCAACCUCCUCGGCAGCACAAUCCAGAUAACCACCCUACCCCUCCCCGUCCUCUCCACCCUCCAAGCCUCAGGCCUCGUCUUCAACUCCAUCUACGCGACCCUCAUCCUCGGCGAGCCGUUCACGCGCUGGUCGCUCGGCGGGACGCUGCUCGUGUGCGCGGGCGCAGUGCUCAUCGCUAUCUUUGGCGCUAUACCGGAGCCGGCGCAUAAUCUGGACCAGCUCCUCGUGCUGCUCAACCGCGCGCCCUUCAUCCUGUGGAUGCUGGGACAGGCGGCGUUGGUGGUCACCAUUACAGCCGUCGCCGCCUCGCUGGCGCGCUACUCCUCCCCCCGCGUGCGUCUCCUGCGUGGGCUGGCGUUUGGUUGCAUAUCCGGGAUCCUGUCCGCGCACUCCCUCCUCUUCGCGAAGAUCUCCGUCGAGUUGCUGGUGAGGACUAUAAUCGACCAUAAGAACCAAUUCGACCGGUACCAAAGCUCUCUCAUCCUCGCUACGCUGGUCGCCUUGGCCUUGGUACAGCUGUACUACCUCCAUCUUGGCCUCAAGCUGGUCUCAACCUCUGUGCUUUACCCGCUCGUCUUCUGCAUCUAUAAUAUCAUCGCUAUCCUGGAUGGGCUGAUCUACUUCCACCAGACUUCGCUCCUCACACCCCUCGCGGCGUCUUUAAUUGCAUUGGGGACGCUGAUCCUACUCUCCGGCGUCCUGGCACUCUCGUGGCGCCUCUCGGACGAACAAUCGCCCCCGCCUCCUCCUUCCGCCCUAACACCAGGCUUGGGGCUGAUAGAUGAUGAGGACACCGAUUCCCCCCUCCCCACCCUGGGGACACCUGACGAGGAAACCGCCCUACUUCCUAACCACACCCACAACCACACACAACACACCCCCUCCUCCUCACUCUUCCCCCAAUCCCCAGCAGCAACAGCAAAGCUCGACUCAGUCCUCUCCCAAACCCGCACCGCCCGCACCGCCGAAACAGCAGCGAUAUGGGAAGAACUACAGGACCGCGAUACUCCCCGUCAUAGCCACGAUUACGGGACUGUAGAGGGCGGCACGGAUGAACACGCCCGCCAGCGGAGGAGGAGACGCUCAACAGGCUUCCGAGGUUUCAUACCCCGCGACGCGCGGCGCUCGACUGCUGGACGGGGGGUGUUGGGACGGUUAUUUGGACGCUGGGGUGGAUAG